GAGAGGGCCGCGUGGGACGAGGGAGAGCAGAUAUAGGACGGCUCGGCUGUAGCUAGCUUGAGUCAUGGACGCCUGGGACCCGGACUCCAGCCAAGGACCUUUCGGCCCGGGAGAACCCAGGGAUCCCGCCUCUACUGGGCACAGCUCCCCAAGGGCCAGUGCCUGGGCCUCUGAGGGUGCUGGGGACUCUGGAGUGGCCCAGGAUAUGUCGGAGGCUUUCACUGUUGCCCAGGUACAGAUCCGAAAGCAGAAUGCUAUCACUGAGAGAGAAAGAAGGAAACGAAUUUCUGUAAGUUGUGAGCGGCUCCGGAUCCUGCUGCCCAAGUUUGAAGGUCGUCGAGAGGACAUGGCCUCUAUCCUGGAGAUGGCUGUUCAGUAUCUAAAGCUUGCUCGGACUCUUGUGCCCACAGAAGAACAGAGCACCAUUCUCGCUCCCUCGGAGGAGGUAUGUCAGAAGUGGCAGAAGAAUGUGUUGAUUCCAAAUACCAGAAAGCAGAUUUCAGAGACGAGAACCUUUGAUACAGCCAGACAAAGGGGAUUACCAGGUUGCCCAGCCACUCCUGUGGAAACUAGUAAACCAGCACUGACAUUGGGUGAGCCUGUGGAUAAAGCCUUGGAAGGCACAUAUUCUGUCUUUGAAAAAGGCCUUUCAGAUUCAGCCUUGUUGCCUCAGGAUCUGAGUCUCUCUGAUAUUCCUGUGCGCUCCUGUGGAACAAACCCUUCUCUGCCAUGGCCUUUGCUCUUGCCACCAGCCUUUCCUCUAGAGACCUCAACAGGAGGGAAAUGGCCAAGUCUGGCAGGGCCUUGUCCUGGGGAAGCCAUGUCUCAAGAACAGCUACUGAAAAACACACGUGAGCCUUCUGAUGCCCUGAUGGAUACCAGAUCAGUGUCAGAAUCUGAAGUAGAAGAUGAGAUGCCUUUUCUGCUGGGUGCUCACACUGACCGAUGGCUUGGAGAGCAAGGGUCCCAGGAUGUCAAAGGCAGUGGAACCCAAACCUGUUCCAUGACGACCCCACUCAUGAUGGAUGCCAAGACUGGUUCCCAAGAUGAGCUCCUUCCCAAAUCAGAGCUUGAGUUCCUGCCAGAACCAGAGUCCUGCCUCCCAGAGUCUCACAGAAGCAUGUUGGACCAUUUGGAAUUUGAUUCAACAUCUGUGGCCCUAACUCCCCAGGAAGAAGUAGACAGCAUAUUUCCUUAUCUCUUUCCUUAUGAGUUAUGAGCUGUGUAAUUUCUGAGCCUUGAAGGAAUCACUGCUAAGUAGGUUGAGGGUGGGAGGAGACAGAAAAAUAGAGAUUUUGAAGCAGCACAGAAACGAAUAUACAUCUGGGCACUUUAUUUUGGGUUUGGGUUGCAGCUGCAGCCUAAUUUGAGAGAGGGAGGGAGGGCCAUAGGGAGUGAAAACUGAAUAUUAAAGAGAAGAAGCAAUUUUCUUGGAGGAAGCAAAACUUUUGUAACUUUUGCAUAAUUGAUACAAUUCAGUAUGUGGAUCAGAGUUGGAAGCUUAAUCAGGCAAUUUUGAUGGAGUUAGAUGAAAGUCAUCUAAUCUUAUUUUGUUCCUGAGAAAGUCUUUUCACCAUUAAAUCCACAAAUAACUCUGAUUCUUGGUCCUGUCGGGGAAGGUCAAUGGUUUUCUUUGUACAGUUUUGUUGGGUAUAUGACCCAGAGAGAGUAAGAAUGAUAAAAAAUAACUCCUGCAAAUAGACUUU